AUGAGUGAAUGUUUGAAAUAUGAAGAACCAGGACCGUUUUGCCUGGAGCAUGCAAUUAUUUCACACAACAUUGAUUUUGUUACAUUCUUGAUGAAUGAAUACCAUGUAGAGAUUGAAUUCGCGCAUUGCAUUUUUGAAUAUUGCGGACUUUAUAACAAUCUUGAAUCAUUUUUGGUUGUUUUUGAUAAAACCAUUGAUGUUAAAAAAGCCUUUGUUACUUCGGCAAUGUUCAAUAUUCCAUCACUUUGCGAAUAUUUCCUUUCACAUGGUGUAAAUAUCAAUGACAAAGAUGGAUUUGGACAUACAGCCCUUCAUCUUGCAGCGAAACGUAAUAAAAAAGAAAUGGUCGAACUUCUUAUUUCACAUGGUGUAGAUAUCAACGAAAAAGAUAAUGAUGGCCAAACUGCUCUUCAUCAUGCAGCAGGUUCUAAUAAAAAAGAAAUGGUCGAACUUCUUAUUUCACAUGGUGUAGAUAUCAACGAAAAAGAUAAUGAUGGCCAAACUGCUCUUCAUCAUGCAGCAGGUUCUAAUAAAAAAGAAAUGGUCGAACUUCUUAUUUCACAUGGUGCAAAUAUCAACGAAAAAGAUAAUGAUGGCCAAACUGCUCUCCAUCAGACAAUACGAUUUCAUUGCCGAGAAACUGCCGAAGUUCUUCUUUCACAUGGUGCAAAUGUCAAUGAAAAAAAUGGUUGUGGAGAAACAGCUCUUGAUCUUACCACACAGGAAAAUGAUGAAGAAAUAGCCAAACUUCUUAUUUCGCAUGGCGCAAAUAUCAAUGAAUAA